AUGCCGGAUGUUCAGCGUGAAAGCUCAUUUAUCACCAAUUAUUUAUCGGAUUACAUUUUCACUUAUUUUGACAUUGACAAUAAUACAGCUUUAUUGAUUUUAAGAUUCGACGAGCCAUCAAAUGUCGAUUCAAAUCUCAGUAAUUUGACUUCCUCAAUAUUUUCAAAAUUCCUAAAUACUACAAGAACCGGUUCUGCUCAUAAGCAUUCCGGUAUUUCGGUUCAGACAUUUCUUUCUACCAUACUUGUGUCAACAGCGUAUUUUGGGUGCCAAGUAUUAUUGUUUUCUUCUUUGAGACUAAAAUUCACCAAUGUGUACCAGGCUAGAUCUAGGUCAGACACAAUGGGCACUCGCCAUUUAGCAGAGAGCCGUAAGCAGGAAGGUCAACGAAAUAGGAGAAUGCUGUGGAAAUUCUUUAAAACUGGUUUCGGGUGGAUAUAUCCUGUUUUGGUAAGACCAACAGAAGACUAUUAUGAAAGAGUCGGUCUAGACGCCUAUUUCUUUUUGAGAUUCGUACGUGUCCUCUCCAUCCUUUUCCUGCUACUCUCUAUCAUUCAUAUUCCUAUACUUAUACCGAUUCAUUACUUUUCUAACCAUUUCGAAAAUGUUAAUGAGGUCAGUGGUACAUUAAGAUGGCUAGACAGAAUCAAUAUAUCCACCGUUGUACGAAGCAAAUCCAAAAAAUUGAUUUUCCAUUUAAUUUUAAGUCUUUCCGUGGUUGCAUGGUAUCAUCUUAUGCUGAUUUCUGAGUUAAAGCAUGUUCGUGCAAUCUCAGUUGGUUCUAAGAAAGCAAAAACUCAGACUUUGAUCUAUCUUGAAAAUAUUCCUGAAGGACUCAGGGGUGACAAAAGCAAGAUUGUGGAGUAUUUUAAUCUCCUAUUUCCAGAAACGGCUAUAGAGGCCCGAUUUCUUCCUAAACACUGUAAAGAACUUAAAAAGCAGUACAAUGUCUUGAAGAAAAUCCAGCGGAAGAUGGAAAUAGUCGCUGUUCAAAUAGUUUUGGAUAAGUUCUUCACAAAGUUGAGUAAAAAAGUGACGCAAAACAAUGGAACAGAAUUAUCGUGGAAGACAAAGAUUCAUGUCACAAUAAGGGCUACUUUUUUCCACUUGAAAACUUGUCAACGUUAUUUCAAAUUUAAAACAAAAUUGAAAUGGAAGUCACAAAAAUGUGUUGGAAACCGCCUAUUACCUUUCGUUAAGAUACAAUUAGAUUCUUUCACAAGAGAGCGCUAUGAAUGCUUUGGAAUGACCGCUAAACAGUAUAGGAUGAAAUCAAAAAUUUGGAGAACAAAAUGCACAACAAUCAAGAAAUGGAGUAACUUAGAUUACUUCUUUGCGCAUAAAAAUCCGAAAACGCAGGUCUAUUAUGAUAAAGCAUUUAUACGAUUCAAAUCUGCAAAUAUAGCACAAGCAGUAGGACAGCUGUUGCUAUACAGUAACACUCAUCAUUUUGAUAAUGUAUUGAUCGUUCCUGAUGUGAGUGAUAUAAUAUGGCGAAAUAUGGUCAUAUCUAAUAGCGUGAUUAAGUUUCUAAGAGCUGCACUGGCUAAUAUCUUGAGCGUCUUUAUCAUUGUCGGUUACAUCAUCCCAGUUGCAUUUGUAGCAUUAAUGUCGCAAAUACCAUAUUUUACUUCUCUGGUCCCACUUUUAUCUAAAAUGACCACUGAAUCUAAACUACUAAAUGAUGUAAUGGCUGGUAUUAUACCAGUUAUCACUUUAGUAUGGUUGACAGAAUUUGCACCGUACAUUUUUAGAUGUUUUAGUUAUCUUCGGUGUAAACGUACUGGAGCUGAAAUCGAGAUUGAUACUCAGAGGUGGUUCUUCGCUUUUCUUUUCGUACACGUAUUUCUGGUAGUAACAAUUUCAUCAGGUGUAUCGUUUCUGAUAGAAAGGAUUGUUAACAACCCCGUUACUAUACCCACCCUGCUAGCCCAUGAUUUACCAAAAAGCUCCAAUUUUUUCUGUUCAUUCAUAGUUAUGAGAUGUCUGGCAUAUGCCGGUGGUAACUUUUUACAAUUGAAAGAAUUGCUAUUUGAAAUUUUCUAUUAUAGACUUACCACCUAUAGCCCCCGCACAAGGAUAUAUCGAAUGAAAUAUAUACCUUCUUUUCAAUGGGGAUCGAUAUAUCCGAUAUUUUCCGUAUUAGGCAGUAUUGGUAUCAUUUACAGUAUCAUUUCGCCGAUUAUACUACCUCUGUGUUGUAUUGGGUUCUACUUGGUAUUCUUCUCUUUCAAAUAUAUAUGUGAGUUCCAAUACAAUGGAUCCAAUAUAUCUGAAACGUAUGGAAGAUUGUAUCCGCAUGCCUUAAUGCAACUAUAUUCUGGGAUUUAUUUCAUGGAAUUUUGCAUGAUAGGACUUUUCGCCUUGUCCAGCAGCCUUAUGCUAUGUUCCUGUAUGGUGAUAGGGCUCCUAAUGACAAUCGUUGCACACUACAAAUUCUCAGAAUCCUACCUGAAAAAACUGCAUAAAUUUUCCAUUUUGGAUUAUUGGAAGGACUUACUGAGCGAGUCAGAAUACCAUAAUGACUGUGAAAUAAGUAUCCCAUUUGCCGAUGGCAAGCUCGAUACUGUGAUAAACCUUCCGCAAGAUAACGAAGAAAUUGCCAAGAAGGAGCAUAGCUACAUUGAGCAGAAUUAUGGUGUCGAAUGCUGUCUUGAUAAAUUCUCGCUAACCGACUCAGGUGAAAUGACUUGCAAUUACUUGUAG